AUGUCAGAACUGCAAGCACAAGUAGCAGACGCGGAAGUCGACCUUUCCCAAGAAGCACCACCAUAUGAGGAGGCUGCCUCUACCAAUGCCACCACUGCUACUGUCACUAAUACUGAACCCAGCCCAUCUCCUAGUAAGCCCAAAAAGAAAUCAGUUGGGUUUGCACCACCACCGGAAGAGGAUUUACGAGAAUAUCACAAGUACUUGCAGCAAAAAGAAGAAGCCGAAUUAAAGUCAUCCCCUUUCCAUAAGAUCCCUCCCGAACUUGCCUAUUUGGAAAAGAGAAAUAAACAAGCACCACCUAAGCCGAUUGAUCAAACACCCAAACCUGUUAAGCCAAAUAGUAGAUUUAGGUUAUCUGACUUGCCAGAUUUAAGUAAAUUGAAAUUUUUUGAUGUCAAGGAUCUUUCAGUGCAAAACAAGGAGACGGAGUUGCAAUUUCAUUACACUACAAUUGAUUUGCCACCAUCAUCAAGCAGUGUUAUUGUUGAUAUUAAAUACGGAUCUUUGAACUCAUUUGACUUGAGCAAGGUUAACCAAUACUUGUUAAAUAUGAGUAAUGUUAAGGUGGUGUUGGGUUAUGAGUUUUCAGGUGUUGUAACCAAUGUCGGAUCAUCAAUGCAAAAGAAGUUUGCAGUGGGAGAUCAUGUAUUUGGAUUAAUCGAUCCCACUUCUAGAAGGGGAGCUUUAUCCACGAGUCAGAUUAUCUACCCAGGAAGGGAUGUGUUGGUAAAAGUGGAUGAGGGGGUGUUGAAUCAGUUGGAGGAUAUUGAUAUUGAUUUGGAUGCAAAUGACGACAAUAAGGCAUUCGACGUAGGGGAAGAAGAAGAAGUGGAAGAAGAGACGGCGGGUACAGCAGAUCCGGCCAAGUCAGAAGAGCAAGGAGGAACUGACGUGCCAGCAAAGUCGAAAGAUUCAGAAGAGAUUGAGGAAGCAACAGAUUCAACAGAACCUUCUCAGCCAGUCGAAUCAACAAAAGAUGCUACCACAGAUACAAGUGUGGACGAUUUAGCAUCAAAGACAAGCAGACUGACAUUACAGUCCAAGAAAGUGGAUAUACCACCAUUGGCCAAGUUGUCGGCCAUUUCUUUGCUUUAUAAUAGAGCAAAACAGAUGCUUCAACUGUUGAACGUCAAGAAUAAAAAAGUGAACAUCUUGGUUAAUGGUGCAGACACUGACAUUGGCUUGACAAUUAUCCAAUUACUCUUGGCGGAAUAUAAAUUUGACUUUAUCAGCUUAAUUCUCGUUAUUCGAGAAAAAUCACUUGAUUAUAUGAAUGGAUUGAUUGAACGAUUUGAAAAGAAAUACUAUGAUCCAUCAACUACCAAGCGGUUGAGAUGUAUUCCAUUUGAUAUUGUCAAUGAUGGACUUUAUUUCCCAGGUGAACGUGUACCUAUUAGUUACAAGAAGCCUGACUUUUUUGCUACCGAAGUGAUUGAUGCUUUGUUGAUACCCCACAGCAAUGAACUUAUCGAUAAAUCAAAUAUCAAUGAAUAUAAAUUGGACUUGUUUAUUGAUUUAAUUGGAUGCAAGAAGUAUUUCCAAUCGACAUCGACCAAACUACAUGAAAUUGAUACAUUAAACUUGCCAUUUAAACAACACAUUUCUACUUCGAUUGAAAACUUAUUUGAUGCUGGAACAAAGGAACCAUUUCUCACUCGUAUUCUUAAACCCAAGAAAUCGGGAUCGGCCGUGGUUAGUGGCUGUAAAUUCACCUUACGAGAACCAAGCUAUAACAUCGAUAAGUUAAUUGACUUUAGUGAGCAAGGCGUGUUGAAUCCAUGGACUAGUAAAUGGUCGAGCAAUAUUUUGAAUAAUUGGACAUCUUAUAAUUAUUUUGAAGAGAUCUACUUGAAGAUUAAGCAACAAUGGUGUGAACAAUCCCUUCAAUUGAUUCUUGAUGGUAAGUUGAAAUUCAAGAUUGACAAAAUUGUUGAUUGGAGAAAGGAUUACAAGAAAUACGUAAAGGCAUUGAAGGAGAAUGAUGGAAAGAUUAUAGUUGAAGUGGAGGAGUUUUAG